AUGCCGCUGACGCACCCCCUGCGGUGGAGGGCCCAUCCAUCACCAACGCCCGGAUCCCCAUCCAACCUCCGUUGUUCCUUAGGUAGGUUUCGAGUAGGGCGUUCCGGCUUUGUGCUAUCUGUUCGACCUCAGCUGCGCGUUCUGCGCACGUCGGCCACGUUUUCCUCGCGCCAUAAGAACUCCGCCAGACCCCCCAUCCCUUUCAACUCCGCCAAUGCUUCUCGCGUCCCACUCCCUUCCUUAACCACCACGUCUACAAUUAACACACCCCUGCAUCUGAUGGCGACGCAAACCAGAAGCCAUGGUGGCCACGGCGGCCAUCAUCACCAUCAUCACCACCACGGCGGCAAUGUGUACCUGACUUCCACAAACAAGAACGACGCCGGUGUUCGUAUUACGCGGAUCGGCCUGGUUGCCAAUCUUGCGAUGGCAAUUGGCAAAUUCAUCGGGGGCUACGUCUUCCACUCGCAAGCUUUAAUCGCCGACGCCUACCAUGCCCUUACAGAUCUCGUCUCGGACAUCCUCACGCUGGGGACAGUCGCUUGGUCGCUCAAGCCCCCGUCUGAAAGGUUCCCAAACGGCUACGGAAAGAUCGAGAGUAUUGGCGCCUUGGGUGUGAGUGGGCUAUUGCUUUGCGGAGGCGUAUUUAUGGGCCUAAACUCCGGUCAAGUUCUGUUGGACCAGUUCUACCCCCAGGCGGCGGAGGCGAUCUCUCACCUGGGACACGGCCAUUCACAUAGUCACGGAAUCGAUAUUCUUGGCCCCAGCAUUCAUGCCGCGUGGUUGGCUGCUGGGUCCAUUGUGGUAAAGGAAUGGCUGUACCACGCAACCAUGAAAGUCGCCAAUGAGCGCAAGUCGUCUGUUCUAGCCUCGAACGCUAUCCACCACCGUAUUGAUUCUCUGACCAGCAUUGUCGCUCUGUUCACCAUUGGCGGCACGUACUUGUUUAAAGACGCCUCCUGGCUGGAUCCUGUGGGUGGACUUCUUAUCUCGUUGAUGGUCAUCAAAGCCGGAUGGGGAAAUACAUGCUCGUCACUUCUGGAGCUGGCCGAUACUGCCGUGGACGACGAGAUCAAGGAAUCGGUGCAGAAGGCUGCUUCCAAGGCGCUCGCGAAACUGCAGGAUAACAAUGCGAUUAAGAUCCGCGAUGUCCAGGGCAUGAAGUCCGGUCAGAACUAUCUCAUGGACAUUGAAUUGGCAGUGCCGGGAGCAUGGCCCAUCAAUCGAUCUCGGGAGAUCGAGGAAGUUGUCAGAACAGCCAUCGGAACGGGCGUCCGUGGCGUUAAGCGAGUCAAAGUGCGAUUUAUCCCCCUUGAGCAUGAAGAAUUGAAUUUCUCCGAAGAGUUCAUCCCUGCCGAAGUUGCAUCCCAAGCCAAACCGGAGCCGGAAGAUGGUGACACGGACUGUGAAGCGCAAGGGCAUGAUCAUGGGCAUGAUGUGCACCAGCAUGACGCUCGCAAGAGGCGUUAA